CUGUAUGUGAACAGAAAAAAUGCUGUGUGUCCUCCUCCUCCCUCACUGCUAAAUCUAGGCUCAGAUGCAGCAGGAGACUCAGACUGAGCGCACUAACAGGGAGAGCUAUGUGUGGGCAGGGACUGGAGGGGGUAAACAAGGCUUGCAAGGAUUACUUGUGUUUCACAGCAAGGAGAUGAUACAGGUGACAAACUUCUGCAUAAAGAUCAGCCUGUGGGUCUUACUUAGAGGGAAGAUGGAAUUUUUACCAUUUGGGAUCAUUAUUGACAGCUACUAAUCUACUGAUUCCUGCCAAUAUCUGAUAAGGAGAACAAUGAGAAUCGUUUAGAACUGGACAGAGGUGUCUAUGAAGAGAGGCAAAAAUGGAGCAGGAUUACUCUGAAUUAUCUAAUACCACAGAACUCUGGUUCUCUUCCUUAUCACAACUGGAUAUUUUUGGAAGGGUAACACCAACCAAUGCAUCAAUCAGUAACAGUACAACAUACUAUGACAUGACAAGCAAUGCCAUCCUCACUUUUAUUUACUUUGUUGUUUGCAUUAUAGGACUCUGUGGAAAUACUCUGGUCAUCUAUGUCAUUCUACGUUAUGCCAAAAUGAAGACUAUUACCAAUAUCUACAUACUCAAUUUGGCCAUUGCCGAUGAGCUGUUCAUGCUCGGUUUGCCCUUUUUGGCCAUGCAAGUGGCAUUGGUUCACUGGCCUUUUGGCAAAGUCAUUUGUCGUAUUGUGAUGACAGUUGAUGGAAUAAACCAAUUUACCAGUAUAUUCUGUCUAACAGUCAUGAGCAUAGACAGAUAUCUUGCUGUGGUUCACCCAAUUAAGUCUGCCAAAUGGAGAAGACCCAGGACAGCGAAAAUGGUAAAUGUUGCAGUAUGGACAAUCUCCCUUUUGGUUAUCAUGCCGAUUAUGACUUAUGCUGGCGUUCAAAGUUAUCAUGGCAGAGGAAGCUGUACAAUAAUAUGGCCUGGAAAUUCUAGUGCCUGGUAUACUGGGUUUAUAAUAUAUGCCUUUAUACUAGGUUUUCUAGUACCACUUAGCAUCAUCUGCCUAUGCUAUCUCUUCAUCAUAAUCAAAGUUAAAUCAUCAGGCAUACGGGUUGGCUCUUCUAAGAGGAAAAGAUCAGAAAAAAAGGUUACUAGAAUGGUGUCUAUAGUUGUUGCAGUGUUUAUCUUUUGCUGGCUUCCCUUCUACAUAUUUAAUGUAUCUUCAGUAUCCCUUUUGAUUGUGCCAACCCCAGGGUUAAAAGCUAUGUGGGACUUUGUUGUGGUUCUGAGUUAUGCCAACAGUUGUGCCAAUCCAAUUCUUUAUGCUUUCCUUUCUGACAACUUUAAGAAGAGCUUUCAGAAUGUGUUGUGCUUAUCAAAAGUCAGUGGCAUGGAUGAAGCGGACAGGAGUGACAGCAAACAAGACAAAGCCAGGUUAAAUGAGACCACAGAAACUCAACGCACUCUGCUCAAUGGAGACCUCCAAACUAGUAUAUGAAUACCAACAUGUGGAGAUAUAAACAAAACCUGACAUCAAGACAAGCAUCAGGGGUGUUUUACAAAACAGUUGUAUCUGAUUUUGGCUGAUUAAAAGCUUUCAUCAA